UAUCGUUUCUUCUCUUUCCUACUGAAAAGCAAUGGCGGCAAUAGAAGCUGCACUUUCUAUCUUCCCAGUCUACUCUUCUUCUUCUUCUUCCUCUCAAUUCCCCUUAACCCAUAAACAACUACCCUCCAUAAAGCUCCGGGUUUCCAGUUCCUUCCCUUAUCUUUUUCGCAGUUUCACUCCUUCUCGUCACACCCUCGUUCUCCACAAACCCACAAGAAGCCCCUGCUUUGAGCUAUGCUCUGCGCUGCAGGAGGCUGUGGUAGAAGAAAUACAAGAGCAAAGCCAGGAACCAAACCCCAAAAGAAAGCUCUACGUGGUCAAUCUUCCCUGGUCUCUCUCUGUUGUGGACAUCAAGAACCUCUUUGGCGAAUGCGGAACUGUCAAAGACGUUGAGAUAAUAAAGCAGAAGGAUGGGAAGCACAGAGGCUUUGCGUUCGUGACAAUGGCGUCUGCUGAAGAAGCCCAGGCUGUUAUUGAUAAAUUUGAUUCUCAUGAAAUAUCGGGCCGGGCAAUAAGGAUAGAGUUUGCAAAGAGAUUCAAGAAACCUUCUCCUCCACGUCCAGAAGGCCCCCCUGCUGGAGAGACACGCCAUAAGCUUUAUGUGUCAAAUCUUGCUUGGAAAGCAAGAUCUACCCAUCUCAGAGAAUUUGUCUCUGAAAAUUUCAAACCAGUUUCAGCCAGGGUUGUCUUUGAUGCUCCUUUGGGGAGAUCUGCUGGUUAUGGCUUUGUUUCUUUUGCUACAAGGGAGGAGGCAGAGGCUGUGAUUUCUGCUUUAGAUGGGAAGGAACUGAUGGGCAGACCACUUCGUCUGAAAUUCAGUCAAACAACUGACGAUGAAGCUGGAAGUGAAAAGGAAGAAGGCACCCAAACAAAUGACGAUGAAGCCGGAAGUGAAAAGGAAGAAGACUUAUCCGAGGUUCAACAGGAGCUGUAGUUCCAUUGCCAUUCUUUGGUAAUCUUGUUCCUCAGUUGCUGAUUAAGAGUAAUCUGGUAGAAGUUGGAAUUUUUUUACCUCAACUGCCAUGAAACUGAUGGAAGUCUUCCCUUCUGGCUGUAAAUUUUUGCAUUCGUUAUUCUUUUCCUUUCUAAUUUUAUGAGUACUGUAGACUCUCAGCUACUUUUUUCUCAUGCAUUUUCUUGAAUCUUGAUUAUGUAAUGCUGCUGAUAUACGUGUUAGCUGUCUUUCAGAUUUACAGGUUGAAAUUUAUUCUGUGUAUUAUGAUUG